AGGGUUGCGUACAUGUACAAUUAUGUCAAUGAGAGAUCGGGACUGAAUGCUUCUCUAAUAGCUGAGAAUGUAUUUUCGAUAGUUUCGGAGGUACACUAAUAAUUAAGCUCUCAGAAUGUAUUUUAUUUUGUAUAUUUUUAUCUUGAGAGAUUGUACCUCUUGAAAGUCCAAGGGAAAGUCGUUGAAAGGCCUCAGCACAUGUUGAUGAGGGUUGCUGUUGGCAUCCAUUUGGGAGAUAUUGAUUCUGCAAUCAAAACUUACCAUUUGAUGUCUAAGAGAUUGUUCACUCAUGCAUCUCCUGCUCUCUUAAACGCAGGCUCGCCAAGGCCUCAAUUGAGCAGCUGCUUUCUUACCUGCAUGAAAGAUGAUAGCAUCGAGGGCAUAUACGAUACAGUCAAAGAGUGUGCUGUUCUACGCAAGUCUGCAGGCAGUAUCGGUGUUUCUGUUCAUAACAUCCGUGGCACAAAGGGAAUCUCUUAUGGUAUUGGUAAAAUGCUGGAUGUUUUCAAAGCUACUACUCGUUUUCUUGAUCAAGGAGGAGGUGAAGGAGGAGGCUUUACAGUAUACCUGGAGCCAUGGCAUGCUGAUAUCUCUGAGUUUCUAGAUCAUCUUUGGAAGAGCCACGGAAAGGAGGAGCACAGGGCUAGAGACUUUUUUUAUGCUCUCUCGGUUCCUGAUCUUUUCAUGGAGAGAGCCCUUGGGGAUGAUCAGUGGUCACUGUUUUGUCCUAAUGAAGCUCCAGGUUUAGCAGAUUGCUGGGGAUCGGAAUUUGAGAGACUGUACACAAAGUAUGAAAGAGAGGGAAAGGCAAAGAAGGUCGUUAAGGCGCAGGAGCUUUGGAAUGAAAUCGUGACAUGCCAGCUAGAAACAGGAAUGCCAUACAUGCUUUUCAAGGACUCAUGCAACAGAAAAAGCAAUCAGCAAAAUCUUGGUACCAUAAACUCCUCCUCCGGCUUAUGCAGUGGAGUUAUUCAAUACAGCAGUCCAACAGAAACAGCUGUGUGCAAUCUUGCAUCCAUUGUUUUGCCUAGAUUUGUUAGGGAUAAAGAUGUUCCAAUGGACUCUCAUCCCUCUGAGCUUGCCGGCAGCCUAGGCUCAAAGAAUCGUUACUUUGAUUUUCACAGCUUAGCCAAGGUAACUGCUAAUGUUACUAAUGAUCUCGAUAGGAUAAUAGACGCAAAUUACUAUCCUCUAGAGAGUGCAAAAACUUCGAACAUGCGUCAUAGGCCUAUUGGUAUUGGUGUACAAGGUCUUGCAGACGUCUUUAUCCUCCUUGGAAUGCCAUUUGGUAGACCUCAGGCCCUACAACUGAAUACGGAUAUAUUUGAAACCAUAUACUACCAUGCUCUCAAAGCAUCGUCAGAGCUUUCUGCAAGAGAUGGCGCGUAUGAGACAUAUAAAGGAAGUCCCAUGAGCAAGGGGAUUCUUCAACCUGACAUGUGGAAUGUGACUCCAUCAGACCGUUGGGACUGGAAUUUUCUUAGGGAUAUGAUAUUAAAGAAUGGAGUGAGGAACUCUCUUUUGGUAUCAUUGACUGGGAACAACAAAGGUUUGGAGCCUUGUGCAUCAAACAUCAUCAAUCACGGAGGGUCAAGUGGUGAAUUCACAAUCGUGAAUAGGCAUCUUCUUCACGAUUUAACUAAUAUGGGACUUUGGUCUCAGAGAAUGAAAAAGGUUUUCACUAGUGAGAAUGGUUCUAUAGGAAAUAUCCCAGAGAUACCUGAUGAUCUGAAAGCAAUUUACAGGUAUAAUAAUGCUUAA